CUGGCUGGCUGGCGGGCGAGCGGCGUCGCCAUGUCGCACGGCCACAGCCACGGAGGGGGCGGCUGUCGCUGCGCCGCCGAACGCGAGGAGCCGCCCGAGCAGCGCGGCCUGGCCUACGGGUUGUACCUGCGCAUCGACCUGGAGCGACUGCAGUGUCUCAACGAGAGCCGCGAGGGCAGCGGCCGCGGCGUCUUCAAGCCGUGGGAGGAGCGGACCGACCGCUCCAAGUUUGUGGAAAGUGAUGCUGACGAAGAGCUUCUGUUUAAUAUUCCAUUUACGGGCAAUGUCAAGCUCAAAGGCAUCAUCAUUAUGGGAGAGGACGAUGACUCACACCCCUCGGAGAUGAGACUGUACAAGAAUAUUCCACAGAUGUCCUUUGAUGAUACAGAGAGAGAGCCAGAUCAGACCUUUAGUCUGAACCGAGAUGUCACCGGAGAAUUAGAGUAUGCUACAAAGAUUUCCCGGUUUUCAAAUGUCUAUCAUCUUUCCAUUCAUAUUUCAAAAAACUUUGGAGCAGACACCACAAAGAUCUUUUAUAUUGGCCUGAGAGGAGAGUGGACUGAGCUUCGCCGGCAUGAGGUGACCAUCUGCAAUUAUGAAGCGUCAGCCAACCCAGCAGACCACCGCGUCCAUCAGGUCACCCCACAGACACAUUUCAUUUCUUAAGGGCCAGCCGGGGCUCCGUCAGAUGUGCCAUUAGUGAAGAUGUGCGACCACCUGCUGGGAAGGACAGUGGAGGCUCCAGCAAGAGUUGCCCGCCACAGCCUCGGCCAGGCUCUGUCUGGGGUUGCUGCAGGGUCCUGGCCUGUGGACACCGCCUCACCACCAGGAGCCGUGUGGGUGCCAAGGGACGGUCGUUCUCUACGGCACUGCAGAAACUGGGGCUUAGGCUUGGUGGCAUCUGGCAGUCAUGAAUAAUGCUUACUUUUCCAGUCAGUGUGGCCAUGGGAUCCCAGUGUCUUGUUGUUUGUGACAGGUUUUUUGUGUGAUCUUAUCUUUUUUAAAAAAGGAAGCUUCCUCGGCUGCAGGAAUCCUUCUGAAACCCGAGCUUUGUAUUUGUGUUAG